GUGCGACUCACAACAUUCAACGUGCGUGGAGCUGGCGACGUGAGCUUUCUGUGUUAGGGUGUUUAAUUGACUCUGUAUGACAUAUUUUUGCGAAAUUGAUCGGCUCUGAUACAAGCAAGAUGAGCGUUUCAAUGCCACAGAAACGUUAUUACCGCCAAAGGGCUCAUUCCAAUCCAAUGGCAGACCACACAUUCCAGUAUCCCGUGUGUCCAGAAGAAAUGGACUGGUCAGAGCUGUAUCCAGAGUUUUGCAGUCCACCUGAUGAACGUCACGACAACGAGCCAAACAGAUCAAGAGCCAAAGUAGAGUUUGCCGACAUUGGCUGUGGAUACGGAGGACUUCUUGUUGAGCUGUCCCCUCUCUUCCCUGAUGCACUGAUAUUGGGUCUGGAGAUCCGCGUGAAAGUGUCUGAUUAUGUCCAGGACCGCAUUAAAUCUCUCCGUGCUGCAGAGCCCGGUCGCUACCAGAACAUCGCUUGCCUCCGUAGCAAUGCCAUGAAGUAUCUGCCCAACUUCUUCACCAAAGGUCAACUCAGCAAGCUGUUCUUCCUCUUCCCCGACCCGCACUUCAAGAGGACCAAACACAAGUGGCGGAUCAUCAGUCCCACGCUGCUGGCGGAGUAUGCCUACACUCUCCGCAUCGGGGGCUUGGUGUACACAAACACAGACGUUGAAGAAGUGCAUCUAUGGAUGGUGAAGCACUUUACGGAACACCCUCUCUUCACACGUGUCCCAGAGGAGGAGCUGGUUGAUGACGUCAUUGUUGGUCGCCUCGGCACAUGCACAGAAGAGGGGAAAAAAGUACAGCGUAACGGUGGAAAGAACUUUCUGGCAGUCUUCCGCCGCAUGGACGAUCAGAGUUAAGAACAAACAUUUCCACAGCCUGACAUUGCCGAUUGGACAUUCUCCAUAUUGAAUGGAUCAUCACCUGCCCACCACACUGGUCAGCAGGCUACAGGUGUAUGACUGAAACUUUGGUGUCCCACUGUAGGUCAAAACACUGCAUAUGGGACCACCUACCAGUUAAGCAGCUGAAUAGCUGAAAUUCUCCACUGGAAGUGUGAGGUUUUUUUUUUCAGUUUUCAGAAAUAUCUGUGGAGACUUGAGUCUUAUUUCAUGUUUUCAAUAAAACAUUCUGUUCAGCAGGCAAGAGUCUGCUUUUAGACAGAAGAAGG